GGAGAUAUCAUAAAUCCCCAAGCGAAGAACCCAGGAGCCAAGAGAACAUGACAAUGACUCUCAAACACAAGAAGAGACGCCCCUGGUCUACGCGAGUGUUCAAAGUGGACGAAUAUGACUUGUAUAUAAUCCUACCUCAAAGCCCCCAUACACACAGACCAUAAUCGAUAUCUACCAAUACAUCUCAAUCACUCUCUUUCUCUCUAUCUCAAGCCACAAUCUCUUCGCCAAACAACCAAAAUGAAGUUCACUCUCGCUACUCUCCUCACCCUCGUUGCCGCAGUCUCUGCCGCGUCCGUCGAUAUUGGCCUGAUUACAAGGCAGGAUAACUGCGCUUCCAAGGGCGCCAACUGUGGUGACGUUGGCGAUCGUGGAUGCUGCGCCGGCACAACGUGCCAGACUACCAGAGCCCCCGUCGGCGGCGUCGGAAUGAUUUGCCAGUAAAGAUCAGAAAGAGACACAACCAUGACCCAUUUGUCGACCUACCGCGUCGAAUAGAGGGGACCACUGUACCAAAUCUGUACUGCAAGGCGUCAUAGGUGUAGAGCACUCUUGACGUUUCGAUGUGUUAAUCGUAGGCUGAGGCUGUCACGGGCCUCUUUUAGAUUAAAAGCAAAGUCAAUUUAUCGUUUGUUCCAAC